CGCUGUUGAUAGUGCUGGUGAUAAGAGGAGCUCUUAGCUAAUAAUACUAGAGAAACAUAAACAUAUGUGUAUGGACCCCGGACUUUUCUGAAAGCACAGUUGUCGAUUGGCGCUUCGUUGGAGCUGUUGUGCCUCAGGCUUUAAUAGGCAAUUUACUUCCCAGUUGGAAGAGAGCUACUUUAUCGCAUCACCAAUCGACAGACAUUCUAAGGCUUCUAAUCAAACACCAAUAUAUGUAGCUUGAUUAAAGCAAGGAACUGUCUUCUGGUCGAAAUGUCUGCCAAUCCUACACCUCCACCUCCGCCUUCCACUGCCCCAGCUUCCGCCGGAAAGGGUCUUCAUUCCAGGGCAUACAAUAGCCUUAUUGGAGCCUGUGACAAAUAUGUGCCCGCCAAGAUGCGACCCUUAUGGAUGCACCCAGCAGGUCCCAAGACAAUAUUCUUCUGGGCUCCUCUCGUUAAAUGGAGCCUCGUUAUCGCUGGGCUCAGUGAUUUGACGCGUCCUGCGGACAUGAUUUCACCCAAUGGAUGUCUAGCCUUGGGGGCAACGAACCUCAUAUGGACCCGGUACUCCCUGGUCAUCAUUCCCAAGAACUACAGCCUAUUCGCGGUGAAUCUCUUCGUGAGUCUGACGCAGCUCUUCCAACUGGGACGGGCCUACAACUACAGGUGGGAGCAGUCAAAGCUGGAGAAGUCUGGCGAGACAGUACCAGCCAUUGAAGCUAGUUUGAAAUAGUUAAAUGUAUGCAUUUUGGUAGGCUUAUUUAAAAUAAAAAAAAGUUUUUUUCUA